AUGUCGCUCGACCCGCCGACCUACCUGGCCUCGCUGCAGAGCAACAUCCGCCAACGGCCGAUCCCUUGGGACGGUGCCGUCAGAGCGGGCACCCUGACGGACGAGCAGUACGCCAAGAUCCGUGCCGUCGACAAGGCCAAGAAGCUCGAGCAGCGCGUUCAGAUUGUCGAGAAGGACGUCGAUGGAUACCGGCGCCUAUUCGUCGGCGGUGGCCCCGGCCAGCCCAGCGUCUUGGAGACGGCGGGAAAGCACGCCAACGUCGUCCAGUACACCCUAGUUCUGCUGGCCGACCUGCUCGACGGUACGCUACGCUCCUCUCCGGCCCGCUCCGGGGACGCACGGGAGCAAGGGGAGGCGGUCCCGGCGAGACCGGAUGCCAAACCCGUCCUCGCCUCCCUCGCCUCCCUCGCCAUCCUCUCCCCCGUCCAUCCUCGGCGUUUAUAUGAUGCCGUCCCGUCCCUUGCUUCGUCGCUUCUCGAAACGUCGGAUGCCUAUCAACAUUUCUUGCCGCUGCUGCGCUCCAACACGACCGAGGAUCCCAUCCCCUUGCUCACCUCGCAUGCCCUCAUAACCCUCAUGACCGUCUCGCGAGACGAGUCCGGCUCGACGCUGCGGGCCCUUCCCGUCAUCCUCACCUACCUGUCCGGCCUCGCCAAGAGCACCGACGCGGGGCUACAAGACAUUGCCGUCCAAGAGUACUCGGCCCUGCUCUUCGGCCACGUCUCGCGCGACCAUUUUUGGAAGCAGCGCAGCGAGACCGUCACACCCCUCGUCGCCAUCCUCCAGGCGGCCGCCGGCAUCGGCGCUGAAGGCAACUCGGCCGCCAGCCUCUGGAGCGGCACCGCCAACCUUCGCGGCGGCGGCUUCGAAGGCUCCCUCGGCGGCGGCGUCGGCCUGCAGCUGCUCUACCACGUCCUGCUCGUCAUCUGGCAGAUGAGCUUCGAGGCCGAGGACAUUGGCGACGACCUGAACGACGAGUACGACAUUGUGCUGCUCUACACCCAUCUGCUGCGCCUGUCGCCCAAGGAGAAGACGACGCGGCUGCUCGUGUCGACGCUGUACAACCUGCUGGAGAAGAACCAGCGAUCGCUGCUGCCGACGGCCGUCCUCGCCCGCCUGCCCGCGCUGCUCGACAAUCUCUCGAGCCGCCACCUGACGGACGCCGACCUUCUCGAGGACCUCGAGGCCUUGAAGGAGCUGCUGGACGAGUACACCAAGACGAAGACGACCUUUGACGAGUACGUCGCCGAGGUCCAGGCCGGCCACCUCCGCUGGUCGCCGCCGCAUCGGAGCCAGGUGUUUUGGGCCGAGAACGCGCGCAAGAUCCUCGAGUUUGAGAACGGCGAGAUCCCCCGCAAGCUCGCCCACAUCAUGCAGCAGCCGUGGGACAACGACAAGCAGGUGCUGGCCAUUGCCUGCAACGACAUUGGCUGCCUCGUCACCGAGGUGCCGGAGAAGCGGUACCAGUUGGAGAAGAUUGGCCUGAAGAGGAUGGUCAUGCAGCUGAUGCAGUCGGACGACGAGAACGUCCGGUGGGAGAGCCUGCGGGCGCUCGGCGGGUGGCUCAAGUACAGCUUCGAGUAG